AUGAUCGCCAAGUCGUCGUAAACCCAGGACUUUGUGCCGUUCGGACCGCCAGAAUACAGCAGACAUCACCCUGGGAAAUUCCAGCUACAAGUCCAGAACACUGCCCAUGCUGACCAUGGUUUACCACUGCUUAAAUCUUUCAGAGAUAUUUCUCUGCAUGAUUCAUCUAAGAAAGAGCAGUGGGUGUUUGCAUCCAAUGAUGACAGCAGUGGCAGCAGCUUUGAUGAGGAACUGUACGUCAGUGGAAACACUGUUGUUUGGAGUAGGGGUGGUCAAGAUGGUGUCCGCUCUGUUGUCAAGGCGUGCACUGUUGAUACACCUGUGUUACAGGCUCUGUGGUGUUCAUUUGUGCUGCCCCACAAAGAUGUACAGCUGGAUUUGUACCCUACAUUUGAUGUGCCAGGGAUGGUCCAAAAUGGCGUGUGUGUAGUAGAAGCUACCAAUGUCACAUUCUUCAUGGACAAGGGAGGGGAGUAUGUGGCAGCCCUGCCCUUCCAGGUUGCCAAAAUGUGGAAAAUGAAAAAUGGACUUAUAUUUGAGAGAACACUUUCUCAUGCUGAAAUCACCAUGCCGAAAAAGAAUGCUCCCAACCAGACUGUGUUGUUCAGCAUGCUGCAUCCCCUGGACGAGGUGGCUCCUAUCAUCACCAAGACUUCAGGAGGUGGUGGCUCACCCAAAGUCUGCUACAUGACUGACAACACUCAACACCUGGUGUUCACCAGCACAAACCCCUCCCUGGCAUUCACGUACGACACAGAACUCGGACUUCACUCCGUGUGGCGGAUACGCUCAGCUAGAGCAGAUGAGCAGAGCACUCUGUCCGUUGCACUGGACAACACCAGCUUCCUCCAUCUCAUGUCUGGGACGCCAGGUCACAACCAGUCCAGCAGCAAUCACUCCCGCUUCUUCACCAACAUCUCCGGCCAGUCUCCGUGUGUCUCACCACUCCGCAGUUUCUCUGGGCGGAUCUCCUCCCCAGCCGGGCUCUCACGGAUGCAGAGUCCCAGUGUCACCAACAUGGCCGCUGUCAGCCGUUCCCAGUCUCCCGGCAUGGCGGGGUCAUCAUCGAUGUACAGGUUCCACUCCCCGUCCCCUGCAUCAGCCCGUUCCCCAGGGGCCUACUUCCGCACCCGCGGUGGAUCACACAAUGUGUCCCUCACUGGCAAUGACAGCAUCACAGAGUUCGAGGCACCCCUUAAGCCCGAGAUCUGUUUUGACCAUCUGUGGACUGAACCACCGCCUCCAAUGAGGGAUGGACCACUGGGAAAGUCGUCCAAGGCAUUCCUGUGUAAAGACUUCUGUGGCCAGCAGUAUCUGUGUUUCAUGGUGCCCUACAGACAACAGCUCAGGUGUGUGAAGUUUGAGGAGAGCAACGACCUGAGUCAGCUAAUUUUUGGUUCUAUCACUGUGCUGCAGGCCAAGGAUGUCACACCCAUUGAGAGCCUGGAUUUGCUGUUGGUGCUGGAGCCUUCAGGGAUCAUUGUGGUGUAUACAGGCACUACAAAGGUCAGUCAUGUGCACAUCCCAAUGUUACCUGUGGGGUCAUGGUCUGCAAGCAUGCAGAGAGCAGUCACCCCGUUGGGGAGCCCUGCCCGGGGAGGUAUCUUCACCUCAAGCCGACCACCAAGUGCCAUGGAUGCAAGAUUUGUCGAUGAGUUCAACUACAUCUCACCGGUCCCCUCCGAGACAGAUGACAUGAGUCAGCUUGAUGCCUCUGUCAGUGACGUGGCAACAGGUGGCAACAGCUUCAUUCAGAAUCUCAGGGACAAUGUUGGCAACAGGUUCACUAUUGAACUAUUAAGUGGACAGCUAUGUCGAACAUCCUUGCCGCCCCUCAGCAAGUCACCAGGAAUUGGGAUGUGUUUGCAAGCUCUAAAGCACCUGUUGCCAAGGGAUACUGCUCUGCAGGUGUUAGGGAAGUGGUAUACAUCCCACAAUACCCCUGGUAGCCCUGGCAACCAGUCGGAGUGGAUGCUGUUCACCAAGUGUCUGCUGACCAUGAUGGGUUAUGACAUCAGCAGACUUGCUCUGACCAGCAAGCGUGACCUUGACACUUCUAUGUCCCCAGUCAUGUCUGCAAAGAGAGCAAGGCCAUCAGAGCAAGGAUCUGAGGAUGACUGGGAUCAUCUUGUCAACUCGGAUCACCACCACUUUGUGUCAGAGAAUGUUGAGGAUGCGCUAGAGUUGUCUCCCUGCACAGCAAUCCCAGAUCGAGUGGCCUACUCCAAACCCUGCUCCAUCAACGCCAACAGUCUCCUGUUUGUUCACAGCCCUGCUGUCAUGCUAGCCCUGCACCUUGUCUAUGAGGAGAUGAAGUUGAAUUUAUUGCUUGCUGAGGAGCUACAGGACCUGGCCACUGUACUGUUCCAAAUAGCAAGUGAUCUGAAGUGCUCUGCGUAUACAGACUACUAUUGUCGAGACUUCCCGGGUUUGUUUGAUGCUUCUGAUGACAUCAGCCAGAUCACUGAAGAUGACCUGCGGAAGAUGCAGUACCCAUCCGUGUUCCCCCGACAGGUGCCCAGCGUCCAACACUGGAUCUACUACUACCUGCGUGGCCAGGACUGGACACCCCUACCCUACAUCCCCACCGUCUGCAACAACAUCAGGAACGUUGUCACACUUUAUGCCAUACUGCUGAACAAAGAUCUCUUGACUGAACAGGCCAUGGACAAAUGUCUCAAGAAAAUUGCCCCAGCAGGUCACCGAGCACCUACGGCUGACCUAUCCAUGUCUCGCAGCUUCCAGACCUACCCUUAUGUCGAUGUCUCAGAGCGCCUCAUACUCACAAUGUCUGAGAUGGGCAUGUUACCAAAGGAUCUCGAGUGUCUACCAGUGGGAGUUGCCCUUCCAUUUCGAGAGGCCAUCCUACACUGUAGAUGUAAUCCUCCAUCUGAUUGGCCAGAAGCAGCAUACAUCAUGAUUGGUCGACAAGACCUGGCACAGUUGAUGUCUGCCCAGAAUCAGAAACCUCGUCCCCCUCAGGGUAGCCUGGCCACUCCGUCCUCACCCCCAGCGAAAGGCAGCAAGGAAGAGGAGGAUGGGAUGGAACACAUGGAUGAGGAGCUUCUAAAGCUGCGGUUCAGUGAAGACUUGCGGGUCCAGGAAGUCCGGCGACUAUUGCAGUCAGCCAGGCCAGCCAGGAUUGCCCUGGUACAGAGGCCAGAAGUAAGUGACCAUGACUUCAUUGAAGAGCAGGAGAGACACCUUCUGGCCAUCUGUAUCAGGACAAUGUCCCUCCCAACAGGAAGGGGAAUGUUCACUUUGUCAACAUACCAGCCCCUUCCAACAGAGACUCUCCCUAUCCCCAAACUCUGUCUCACGGGGAGAGCACCACCAAGAAACACAACAGUUGAUCUCACACACAUCGACACUCCUGCCAACAUGGCUGCCUGGCCUCAGUUUCACAAUGGUGUCGCUGCGGGGCUCAGGAUCGCCAAUGUAUCUCAGGUUGAAUCGACAUGGAUUAUAUAUAACAAACCCAAGAGUAAUGAGUUGUCCAAUGAGUACGCUGGCUUCCUGAUGGCUCUGGGUCUCAACAACCACCUGGUCAAACUCAACAUUCUCAAUGUUCAUGACUACCUCAGUAAGGGACAUGAAAUGACGACUAUUGGUUUACUGCUUGGUUUAGCAGCAGCCAAAAAGGGAACAAUGGAUAUGGCCAUCACUCGUCUACUCAGCAUCCAUGUGCCAGCCCUGCUCCCACCCACAUCCACCGAGCUCAACAUUCCCCACAACACCCAGGUAGCAGCCAUACUGGGCGUCGGCCUUGUUUACCAGGGUACAGGGCACCUGCAUAUGGCAGAAACACUACUGUCCGAGAUCGGUCGCCCCCCAGGCCCCGAGAUGGAGAACUGUUCUGACAGGGAGUCCUAUGCCCUUGCAGCUGGUCUUGCCUUGGGCCUACUCAUGUUUGGGAAAGGGAGGCAGACAGUGGGUCUGUCAGACCACAGCAUGGCGGACAUCUUGUGUCACUUCAUGGUAGGCGGUCACAAGAGACCAUUGCCUGGUCCUUAUAAGGAUAGGUACAAGUCUCCCAGCUACCUUAUAUGGGAGGGUGAUAGUGUGAAUGUCAAUGUGACGGCGCCAGGGGCGACACUAGCACUGGGGAUGCUGUUCUUCAACACUGGCAACAGUGCAGUAGCAGAGUGGCUGAAGCCACCAGACACUCAGUUUAUGCUGGACCAUGUGCGACCUGACUUCCUGUUGCUUAGGACACUCAGUCGAGGCUUGGUGAUGUGGGACUCCAUCGUGCCUAACCUUAGCUGGGUUGGCAGCCAUAUACCUGAGAUUGUAAAGAAAUAUGCCUUUAAGAAGAAUCAAACAGUGGAAGAAGAGGAUAUUUUCAUUGACUUUGAAACAAUGAGCCAAGCUUACUGUAACAUAGUUGCCGGGGCAUGCAUGGCGCUCAGUCUCAAGUUUGCUGGAUCGGCCAACCAGACUGCUUACAAUACCCUAAUGGACUGUAUGAAGCGUUGUCUCCAGGCAUUGUCUGUCCCAAGCUAUUGUGAACAGGCAGGCAAGAGCUCUGUGGAAAAUGGACUGUGUGUCAUACUCACUGGACUGUCCAUGGUGAUGGCAGGCACAGGGAACCUGGAGGUGAUGAGGAUAUGUCGCAUGUUGAGGAAGAGAGUCGGUCCCCAGUACUCUUACAUGAUGUAUGGAUCCCACAUGUCCAUAGCCAUGUCUACUGGGCUACUCUUCCUGGGUGGUGGCAGGUACACUUUAAGCACAAAGCCCGAGGCUAUUGGAGCAUUGCUGUGUGCCUUCUUUCCCAUCUACCCAGCUCACAGUAAUGACAACAGGUAUCAUCUUCAAGCAUUCCGCCACCUGUAUGUGUUGGCAGCUGAGCCAAGACUUGUUCUGCCUCGAGAUGUGGACACUGGUCACAUCUGUUAUGUUCCUCUGGAGAUCAAGUUCAAGGACUGUGCUUCGUACAAGAAUGUCAGCUACAGGAUAAUAGCCCCUUGUAUCCUUCCAGAGCUGGAUCGCAUUGAGGAGAUCAAGGUGCUGGGGCCCAGAUAUUGGCCGGUUACAUUCCGUGUGGACAAAAACUGGAACACUAUCAUGACUUUGCUUCAGAAGAAUGGUACACUCAGUGUGAAGCAGAGGGCUGGGCAUCUGUCCUACAUGGAAGAUCCACAGGGCUAUCGAAGUAUGCUUGCCAAAUCUCUCACUUCUGAUCAUUCAAGUCACUGUUCAAGCAAGCCAAACAUCAUCAAGUCUUUCACAUCCGACCCAAGGAUUAUUGCAUUGGCGGAGUUCUUCCUCAAGUCCAAAGAAGAUAUGGACAUGUCCACAGUUCAGGAGCUGUCGACCAUCGUGUACGAGUGUGUGACCCAGGAGAAGCCGGAAGCCACCUGCCUCCACUUCAUCCUGGAGCAGCUGAUCCGCCAGUGUCAGAAGGGGCUGCACACCACGGGCGUGUGGCAGCUGAAGCUGGUGCUGGCCUACUACACCAGCAGGUACCGCAUCAACCACACUGCAGAGGACCAGCCACAACACCUCCUGGAGAUGGAGUUCUUGCUGUGCCUGAAGAGACAUCUUGAGGACACACUGGACAAGUGGCAUAUAGACAAUGUGGAGUUGUUCCUGCGUUACCUGAAAGGGGAAGAGAUGAAGGGGCAGGAGAUCACCUGUCUGUCGGGAUUUCUGGCCUGGUUUGACAUACCCCACCCAGAAGACAUUGCUCCAGUAUUAGCUAAAGGAGUUUCCAGCCUCCCAGUGCUCUGUAAGCAGCUGCCUGGACUCAGUGUUGUGACAAUCAUGAGGCUUGUAGCCUCCAGAAACGCAGCCUCAACGUGACAGCCACUCCUGCUGUAGUCAUUCCAUAACAGUGCUUGAGGCCGCUCUCUUCAGUCAGUCUGGAGAACAGCUAGUUCACAGCACAACAGAUGCAUAGGAACGCUCUCCCUCAGUCGACUGAACAUGGACACAGUGUCUAGACUAUGCAUCGUCAUCUCACAUACAAAUUGAGACAUGUUGAGAAUGAACCCUGUCCAUACAGUAGUGUCCAGAUUUUCAUAAUCAUCUCAGAACAAUACUCAUUUUGAGGGCCCUGUUCUUCAGUCAGGCAGCCUGUACUGUAGAGUUAUGUCCCCUGAUUAUUCCAUUCACUGUUUUCCACACCGUGCAGGCAUUCCGUCGCCAUAUUAACACAAUGCUGUAUACUUUAAGGGUCAGUCUCUUUCAGCAUGAUCAACUUAGUGUCAUCCAAUCAUCUAAGUCAUAGCUAAUUGACCAGCUGCCACAAUAUCAUGUUCCUUCUGGAUCAGCCACAGUUAACUGAUGAUGAUUUACUUUUCACAGUUUAACAAGUCCACUGUAUUUUCUGUGUCCGUGCCAUGAUGUCACACAUCAGAGAAUAAUAUCAUGUAACACACAGCCACACUGUAGAUAUUCAUUCUUGUUCCUAAUAGUUAUAAAGCCAAACCUGCUGAAUAUGGUUACCAGUAGUACUGCAUUAUUGACUGGACCACUGAAGAGUGAAAUUUGUUUGUGAAUGUCUUUCUUCAUCUGUGAAACUGCUGUUCAUCAUCAUAAUAGGCAUGCUGAGCUAAGGGAGAUGACAGUCUUCUCAAUAUUGUGUUGCUAUGGAAACAUAUUGAGAUCUACAUUGAGCUUAGGGAGAAGAUGGUCUUCCAAAUAUUGUGUUGCCAUGGAAACGUAUUGAGAUCUACGUUGAGCUUAGGGAGAAGACGGUCUUAUCAAUAUUGUGUUGCCAUGGAAACAUGUAUUGAGGUCUACGUUGAACUUAGGGAGAAGAGGAUCUUCCAGAUAUUGUGUAACCAUGGAUAAGAAAUAGGUUUUGAGGUCUACGCUGUCGUUGUUUGUCUCUGCCUCUUUGCAAGCCUGUCAGUAUCAGAGUAUUAACAAAUGAUGUUCGUAAUCAGCAGACAAUACCUGAACAAGAACUGAUGAUGGAUGCAUGAUAAUUGAAAGCAGGCAUGCCUAUCACAGAAUGCCUACAUGUACUGUACCAGGUCUAAUUUCAAUGGAAAUUUACUCUAGAAAUGCAACAAAGAAUGUGAAACUGUUUCCAUUGGCCAGAGAAGCAUUAUGAAUCUUUAAUUUCAGUUUAUCCUUCAUACUGAGACAUUAGGUAGGCUUCAUGUGCAAUAGAAGCUGAAUGUCAACAUCUGUUCUGUGUUAUUAGUAUGACUGUCUCACCACAACCCGUUCCUACACCUACACUUUCAGCCCACUUUGAUCUUUCACUCCAAUUCCAAAUGCUAACCAUGACACCAACAUUCUACUCUCAUGCCUACACCUCGUUCAUGCCCACACAACUUGUCCAUGCCCACUACUGCACCCACAUUCAAUUUCAUGUCCUGCCCCUCAUGUAUGCUUAUAUCCCUCACCCACAUCUGAACCCUUGGCGACUGUGAUGCCAACACCCUACUUUCACGCCCUGCUGCAUUUUCAUGCCCACACCCAUGCAGACUUUGAUGGCCGCUCCCUACUUAUCAUGCCCUGCCCCUCCUGCCUUGCCAACAUCUUAACACCCAUUCAGACCUUUUUCGCACACCCAACUUUUCUUCCCCACACCCAUUCAGACCUUCAUCGCCACACCCAACUUUUCAUGCCCUCACCCAUUCAGACCUUCAUCGCCACACCCUAUUCUCAUUCCACAUGACACUGAUUGCUUACAGAUGUUGUCAUGCAAAUAUUAAUUGAUAUGACCUUAAAACUGACUCAUUUUCAGCACAUAUCCCCCCUUAAUAUUGAAAGCCUUAGCUGCAUUAAUAUGAAUUGUGUCAGUAUCCUUAUCAAAGGUUGGGCAGUACUAAUAUAUAGAGAUUAUUACACGAGCAAGUGUGUCAUACGAUUUAUACGAAACGAGUUUGAAAAGCGAGCGAGGGCAAUGCAUAAUUUUGCAGGAGUUUCGUAUAAGUGGUAUGGCACACUUGAGAGUAUAAUAAUUUCUUUAUUAACCAUUUUAUUCAUGUACAUCUGUGCAGUAAAACACGGUAAGCAAGUGUGACGGUCCUCUUCAAUGACGUCACGUUCAAUUGUUUAAUGAUGUCACAGACGAAAUACAGAAACAAUGGUUGCUUGGGAAAAGUGAUAUGUGCACUAGUUCACAUAUUGAAAAUAUGACAUGACAGAUGUUCCACUAUAUGGAUAAUAAACAGUUUGUAUACUGUGUGUGCUGUGCACAUUGGGUCUUACAACAAUUUCUAUAUGUUCCCCAGGUGUAGUAUCUAUGUAAGGAGCUGUGUUGGUGACUGCCGCCAGACACACUUCAGUACUGUUUAGUAGUACAUCAGCACUCCACAGAACACUAGGUCAGACUGCCUCUUCAUGACCAUGUCACAUCAAGGGAAUUAUCCAGCUAAUUGUGUUUCUCUCAUCCAUGUGUGGCCAGAUGUUCAAGCAGUGUCCCUGCCAGACAGUCUGGCUUGCUGGCAGACCAAUGCCAUAAUUCCCUUUGAGGCUGUGUUUCUUUCCACAGUCUUGUGUCCCCAAGGUAUGCAGACCCCAGUUAAAUUAGAAUCUGAAGAUAAAUCUUUUUUCAUCAUUGCCAUUGUUUUUAAUCAGCAAUGUCGAAAACGACACGACUAGAAUAAUUUUUCUUGAACAACAGUUACUUGAUUACGUUUCUGCCAAUGUGGAGAUGUGAAAGUGGCACAUGCAAUGAGGGAAAAAAAUCCACAUCCAAUCCUAUUUCCAUAAAAAGAUCCUUAAACAAAACAAUGUUACAAUUUGGCCUUCCUUAUUAGACUCCGCGUCAGUCAUCAUCAGUGAUGGAGUCUGCCGUGAAUGCAUCAAUGAUGCGCAGGCAGCCACGGCUACAGCAGAGAGCCUCACUCGUGCUGCCAAGUUCACAUUUGAACUGUCAUGAAGAUCAAAUUAGGGGGUGGAAGGAUAUUUUAGAUUUUGUUCUUAAUGCUGGACAUCGACUGUGAAAAAUUAGUUUUAAUGUCUUACAUUCUUUCAACAACUGAACCUUAUAAUUUAUGAUCAUUCACAUGGAGAUUAAAUACGCUUCUGUUGCUCUUACUUGCAGAACUUACCUUGGAAUAGAGUAGGCGAAAUCAUUUGUCAUUUGAGAACUUAAUGCUUCGAACUUAUUGACGAAAUCACUGCAGUAUGUCUUUGUUGUGUAAAGGGCAAAUUUAAGUUUUUGUACUUUUGCAAUUUAUAGAAUGGUUACUUGAAACCUAUCAGCCAUACCACUGGUAUUUUGUUUCUGUUUUAUCUUCUGCAUAUUAAAUGAGGUUAAUAGGCCUGUUAGAUAGAUACUGUUUCUUGUGUUGAAUCUUUAUUCGGCUUCUGCGACUGAUAGAAAUAUCUCAUUUCUGUUUUACGAUCAUUUCGGUGCAAUGAUAGAAUCAGGGAUUACACACUGCUCAACUUUUGAUGGGGAUUGGGAGUAUCUAGGUAGGGGUCUGUGACUGAUUGCUUAGAUAUGUUGUCAAGCAAAUAAUAUCGAAAUUAACCAUGAAUCUGAAGCAGGCGGCAUCAUUUUGGGUUGAUUAAACGUAGAUGAAUGAAUGAACUGAUGGAGUAGUGUUAACAUCACAUCACAACAUCACAGUAGGAAAUAUCUCAGUAGUCCUAUCAAAUUUUGAGUAGUAUGUUACUGUAAGCCAGUACUGUUGAACCAGUUUGUUUUACUCAGGAGCGACACAACAAUCCUUUGCUAUAUGUAUUUGUUUCAAUAUUAGUAUCAUGAUAAUGAUUAUUAAUUAGUUUAGUUUUGUAUUGAUUUGACAAUAUUUUGCCAAUUUGUACAAUGAGUACAAUGAGUAAAAGGCAUCGAUCAUGGAAAGUUGUUUAGUACUGUAAAUUGUUUGCUUAUGUGAGAAAUAUUUUAUCAAUAUUUAUCACUAGAUGAAAACCGUAUUCCCUCUUCCAACCCAGCUCACCUGGCGUGUCAAAUGAGAGAAACUGGCUAUAGAGCCACCCUCGGUAACAUCCCAGCAAUAUCCCACUAGUUCUCUGGUAGUAGGGGGAAGGAGAGUCUGCCUAUAGUGCGGAAGGUUGGUGGUCCCCCACAGUUCAAAUGACGUGCACUGCCAGGCGUGCAGCAUAAACAGGAUAUCUGAAUAAAUGUGUUUCAUAUCUGGCAUCUAGGAGUAGACGAGCUUGAAUGGAAAUCAUUCGUAACCAAAAGAAGAUUGUUUUAAUUGACACUUUCACUUUCUUUGACAUGUUCAGAUUCCAUCGGUUCUCCGGUGUAAACAUUUGAAAAGAUACAAGUGCAUAUUAUGGCUUGCAAGAAAGUUCUUAACGUUGGUUUGCAAACACCAAAUGCUGCUGUAAUUAUGAAAAGCAGGUAAAUCUGAGAAAAGCAAAAUUUAUGGAUGUCAACUUAUUUAUUGUGAAUAACUCGACGUUUCGGAGUGUAUGCUUGCUCCUUAGUGAUCUUGCUUUUCUUAUGCAUUCCACUUCUAAAUGCCCUUCAAAGACAGGUAAAUCUGUCCAGUGUACCCAUUUCCUCACAUACCGCAUUCAUGUACCUUUCUACUUGUGUGAAAAUUUACCAAAUACCAUUGAUGAAAUAUCCUUGAACAAGUUAAGAAAUACACGAAAUGUAUAACAGCAUUCAGUUAAUCACACUUAGUCAUUUUGUGUUUGCUGUAAAAUUAUGGAAUGAUUUGCCUCAUAGAUCUUGUAGACCUCAUCUUUCAAUAAGCACAUUUAAUACCAAAACCUAAAGACACACAUUGCUCCUCUUAAUUUAUGUACUCGUCAAAUGGAAAUAAACUACGCACAAUAUUUUCAUAUAUGUAGUUGUGCCUGGUUGGUAUUCCAACACUCAGCCUUCCAGUCAGGUUGUCCUUUAACUUCUUUUGAGAGUACUAAACCCAAUAAUCAAUUGUCAUUUUCAAAAUUGUAACUAUCUUGCAGUUAACAUUACAUUAGAGAAAAUCCGACGUGGUAUGUUAAGCCCAUUUUUGGCUCACCAGGCAGGCAUGUUUUAAGAAAUGAGGGAUACUCAUAAUGUGUUCUUACAUAGAAGAAUUAGGCUUUGUCUAUUUCAACGGUUGCAUGUGAGGGACUUUAAUACAACAAUAUAUGCAUAUUUAAGUGUUAUCAGGGACAUUUUCAGGAAGUAUUUUUCUGAUAUUUGAACUUGAUUCAAGCUGAUUUCUUACAAGAUAUAGCUAUAAACAUUAUUCAACCAAAGAUAUUUCCAAUAGAUGAGAAAAUAAUCGUAUUUCACUCAUUUUAGCCAUUAUGUACUUGAUUAUGUCAAAAUUCCAAGAUUUGCAUUGAAGUAAUCUCCCCAGCUGAUGGACCAUAUCCAGUAAUUUUUAUACCAACAUUUUCUGAGUUUUCCCUGAAAUGUUAGACAUUUCUAGUGGGCACAAUAAAGCCAUUAGCAUACCUCAUUCUUCCACUGAAGCUGCAUCUGGACUGUUUUUCUACAUCAUACAAACUGUACUUAUGAACUAUGAUCCAUACCGUACUUAUGAAACAUAACGAUUUGAAAAAUCUUAAUCUUUUUUAAUUUUGUAAUUGCUGAACUGAUGAAAGUGAAAGUUGGGCCCAUGAGGUACUGCAAUGCUGAAACCUAUAUCUUGAACAAAUGAAUGUGAUCCAUUUGUUAAUUGUUUAUUUUAAAAUAAUUGAAAAUAGUGAAACCUAUUGACAAAAGAUGUACUUUUUGUAAUAUAAACCAAGAGGGUUUGAACGUUAUAACAUUUUGUAAAUGUUAAUUACUUCAAGUAGUGCUGAUUGUAUCCAAGGCAUCACAGUCAGUGUUCAACUAUAUCUCUUGUAGAUGCAAUUACAUUAGAACCAAAUCUUUUUCUCUGAUUCGAUAGAGACAGAGGUAUAAUGGAUGUAAAAGAUCUGAUUUUAUUGAGAUUGCUUGUAGAUAGUGAUCAUGAUGGCAAAAGUUUUUGUCCUAAUUCUCAGAAACUGCAGCCUCAAAUUCCAUUGCAGUCUACAUUGAUGUGCAAGCACCUGGGAGUUGAGAUGUUACAAAAAAUUAUUCAGGGAAGACAUUAGAUUGCUUGUUGUGUUCAAACUUAUCUCUCUUCAGACAUUUUGACAAACAUGCAACCUUGUGUUGUUUGUAUGAACUGGUCUCCAAUGCUGGUUGUUAGAGGUGACCAUGUUGCUAGAUGGUCAGGCUGAGUAACUUGGGUUAUUGUAUACUGAUAGGGUGUAUAAUUGCUUGCAAUGUUGAUCACUAGAUUAUCUGGUCCAGAUUUGAUUAUAUACUGAUUGCUCUCAUAUCGCUGAAAUAUUGCAGAGUGCUGCAUUCUACAACAAACUCGUAUAAAAAGUAAAGUGCGUAACAGGUUUAUCAACUAUUUAUCUCAAAAUAUGUGUUGAAUAAUUGUUUGUUUUAACCAUGUCUUUCCCACUAGCAUGGGGACACAUUCUAUGACACACCUCCAUAUAUUGUGAUUGUUAAUUGCCAUAAUGAGGAGGUAUUGUGGUGUAUAUCAUGCUUUUGUGAAAGGGUUUAUCCAGAAGCGUGGAAUAAAUGUAAAUGGAUAAACUAGUUCACUUUUCAUUAUAUACUACUCAACUUUUCACAGGAAUAUCUUGUAUGACCAGACUAGAUACUGAAUGUGACUUAUUGUUACAAUAAGUUGUCAUACCAGUAGUAUUUAAUAUUGCCACUUUAGCGACCCAUUUAUAGCAUCAUUACAAGUUGGAAAGCAGGUUCACUUUCCCUUAACUGCUGUCCUCAGAUUUGUAAUUGUACAGAAUAUUACAGUAUCCUUAUGAAAUGUUGAGUAGUAUAUAAUAAAAUCACUAAUGGCACAAAAUCAUCAACACUGCUCUCAGUUUUCACCUGCAUUUGUUGGUAUCAGCAUUAUUGUAAUGGAAUGUAAAGUUGAGGUGCUUGUAAUUGAAUUAUUCCUAUUUGACACUGUAUGAAUUAUUGAAAUCACAAAUUGAAGCUUUAGUUAUCUUUGGUUAUGCGUGAAUUUGCCUCGGAAUCAUGUUAGGAUGUAUGUCAAAAUUGAUUUAUUCAUGUCAGUUGGCACUUGACAUGUAUUGUCAUCAAUAAUAUGAUUUAAUAAUACAUGUCAUUAAUUUGAAUUUUUCAUGUCCAUAAAUGAAUUUUUUGACAUCGUACGAACAUUUUGUGCCAGUGAUUUCAGCUUCAGUAAAUUUACUGCACUUUACCCCAAGGUUAGGGACUGAACAUUUCAUAUUCAAUAGAUUGGGAGGGUCAGAGUUGGGGGAGAUACUUUUUUCUGAUUAAAAACACACAUCCACAUUCACAAACAUUCACCCACACACAUCCGUACCAACUGCGGACACCCAAACAAAAGCACUCUCUCACGCAAUCAAAACACGCACGCACGCACGCACACACACACACACACACACACACAAAUAAAUAAAUAAAUAAAUUCAGGUGACCUUCAGAGCUGUAUUUUUCUCUGGUUUGCAAAAUGAUAUACACCAAGGUGUUCGCAACUGUCUAUACCUGUGGUUGGCAGGUGGUCUUCAUAUGAUGGGAAUACACAACCGAAAAUGUUCAUUUGUUGUCUAGGUUUGAAACCAUUUAAACCAACUUUUAUAGUGAUACUGACACAAAACACUGAUUACUCUCAUCCUACCACUCAUUUGCAUUACUGUCUGUUUAGUCUGUGUGUUAUAAAUGGAACAUAUAUACAUGAAACCAGUUCUGGGAAUUCACCCACUGCCAAAUGUCAUCGAACCAAUGUUUUGUACAUACAUGUACCCGUUAUACAUUGUUGAAUUGUUUGCAGAAAAUGAUAAACCAAAUAUAAAUAUGAUUACAUUGA